GCUAUGAGAUAUCUCGUUCCAAGUUUGCUCCAAGGCCCACAAAAUAGAAAAGCGAGGAGACAAGAAGCAAAAUACAAGCCAGAUUGACCAAAUACCGGAAUAUACUGAAGCAAGAUGAAGAUCUACACGAAUUUCUUCUCUCAACGAAAAUGUCACCAGCAGUCAAAGAAAAGCUCAACGAAAGAACGACGGGAACAGAGUCUCAGUCAGUCCACCACGGACUCUGAUGUAUGCUGCAGCGAGACCGACACUGCAGAGAUUCUAGAGACAAGAGAGAGUGGGCCAAGAGCUCAGCAAGGGUCGAGCCUUGCUCUGGAAGAACGUUGGAGCACCGACCGCAUGGUCCAGGUAGCCGAGCUGUGGAAGCUUGGACAAGAAGAACAAGCCAAGCUAGGCGAGCUUCAGCCUCGCAUUGCAGAUAUUGAUCACUGGAAGAAUGACCCCUUUGAAGCCGUCUACUUUCUCCUGGAAAAGAAAUGGAAUAUUGACAAGGCGGAAUCACUCUUUCGUGACGUUCACAAAUGGCGAAUGACAGAAGGGGUAGACGAAAUUCUCGAUACCUACCAGCCAGACCCUCUCUUUAACUACUUUCCCAAUGCCAUUCUCAGAGGUGUCGACUACGAGGGUAGCCCGGUUCACUUGGAGCGCCCGGGGAUUUGCGAUUCGUUGGGAUUCUAUCAACGCUUUGGUGAGGACGGAGUGUUCCGACAUGCCGUCUAUCUCCGAGAACUGGAUACUCGUGGAUCCUGGCAUCAAGCCUACCAACGAGAACACGGCCGACGCGUCACCAAGAUUACCAUGAUCAUUGACUUGCAGGGCUUGUCGCGAGAUCAAUUGAUGCGACCGGCGCUCAUUUCAUUGAUGGGCCGUAUUCUGCGCUUGGGCGACGAAAUGUAUCCACCACUAUCCAAACGCAUCAUUGUGUUGCGGGCACCAAGAAUGUUCAAAGCCCUUUGGUCCAUGACACAGAACUUUCUCCAGGAUGAAGUCAAAGAACGAAUUAUCUUUUCAACAGAAAAUGACUAUCUACAAGUCAUUGAUCGCUACAUGGACCGGUCCGUGUUACCACCUUGCAUCUGCCCUGAUGAAGGAAAGGGUGAGGGGACUUUAGGGUUUGAAAAUGUGCAAUGGGAAGGAGGAAAGUUGUCGGAUAUUGAGACAAGGCUUGCGGAUGCUCAAGAAUAACAAUCAGACUCUGUUGCACAUGACAAGGUCUCCAAUCUGCCAGAGAAGGAUAUGGAAGCAACUUCAGUUCGGGUGGCCAGUUAACCCAUUGUCAGAGGAUGCAUGUCAUCAGGCUACUUCGUGGAUGUUUCUGGUGUCUGUGACCAUCAACCAACCCCAUCAUUGGUGCAGGAGGCGGCGGAUUCCUCUCCAACUAAAGACACCGGUGCUGCUCUAGCUAGCUGUAUUACUAUGUGUUAGGUAGAAGCGACCAGUAAAAUUCAUUGAUCGUUACAUGGACCGGUCCGUGUUACCACCUUGCAUCUGCCAUGCCGAAGGAAAGGGUGAGGGGACUUUUGGGUUUGAAAAUGUGCAAUGGGAAGGAGGAAAGUUGUGGGAUAUCGAAACAAGGCUUGCGAAUGCUCAAAAAUCGCAAUCAGACUCUGCUGCACAUGACAAGGUCUCCAAUCUGCCAGAGAAGGAUAUGGAAGCAACUGCAGUUCGGGUGGCCACUCAACCCAUUGUCAGAGGAUGCAUGUCAUCAGGCCACUUCGUGGAUGUUUCUGGUUUCUGCGACCAUCAACCAACCCCAUCAUUGGUGCAGGAGGCGCAGAUUCCCCUCCAACUAAAGACACCGGGUCUCCUUAGUCUGUGUUAGGUAGUAGCGAGCACUGCUGAAUACAAGCCUUUUCUCCUGCCGAUACUGUGUCAAGAGCCUUUCGAUCUCGAUCUCGAGACCGGAUCAGAGAGCGUAGAAACUAAGUAUUACAAAGCCCGUGUAAACUGUAAAAAGGAACCAAAAG